GUUUGCAGCGAACGGUUGAUAGUCUCGUCUCGUUGUUGUUUGUGGUCGUCGUCGUCGUCGUUGUCGUCGUCGCGCAUUUGGGGUUUUUCUUUUGGUGACACUGACACAUUUCCACCGCCGUUCAACCCACACACGCAGAGCCAGCAGAGCAAGUGGAAAGAUAGAAAAGUCAAAUCAAAUCAUUUCGUUCAGCGCGAUUCAGAGACUCGGUCGAAUAUGUCGAAGCCACAAUCGGACGCGGAUCGGCGCAAGCAAAUCUCAGUGCGCGGCAUUGCAGAGGUCGGAAAUGUGACCGAAGUGAAGAAAAACUUUAAUAGACAUCUGCACUACACUCUGGUCAAGGAUCGCAAUGUCUCCACGCUGCGCGACUAUUACUUCGCCUUGGCAAAUACUGUCAAGGACAACAUGGUCGGUCGCUGGAUACGCACACAGCAGCAUUACUACGAGAAGGAUCCAAAACGCGUCUACUACCUCUCUCUCGAAUACUAUAUGGGCCGCUCUCUAACCAAUACGAUGAUCAACUUGGGCAUCCAGAGCGAGUGCGAGGAGGCCAUGUACCAGUUGGGUCUGGACAUUGAGAAUCUCGAGGAGAUGGAGGACGAUGCCGGUCUGGGUAAUGGUGGCUUGGGUCGCCUGGCCGCCUGUUUCCUCGACUCGAUGGCCACCCUGGGCCUGGCUGCCUAUGGCUAUGGCAUUCGCUACGAGUACGGCAUCUUCGCCCAAAAGAUCAAGAAUGGUGAGCAGGUGGAGGAGCCCGAUGAUUGGCUCCGUUAUGGCAAUCCAUGGGAGAAGGCGCGUCCGGAAUUCAUGCUGCCGGUCCAUUUCUAUGGACGUGUCAUCGACACGCCCGAGGGUAAGAAGUGGGUGGACACUCAGAGGGUCUACGCCAUGCCCUACGAUAAUCCCAUUCCCGGCUACGCCAACAACCAUGUGAACACGCUGCGUCUGUGGUCGGCCAAGUCGCCCAUUGACUUCAAUCUGAAGUUCUUCAACGAUGGCGAUUAUAUUCAGGCCGUGUUGGACCGCAACUUGGCGGAGAACAUCUCGCGUGUGCUGUAUCCCAACGAUAACUUCUUUGAGGGCAAGGAGUUGCGCCUGAAGCAGGAAUAUUUCAUGUGCGCCGCCACCCUCCAGGACAUCAUUCGCCGCUACAAGGCCUCCAAGUUUGGCUCCCGCGAGGCGGUGCGUAACAGCUUCGACCACUUCCCCGACAAGGUGGCCAUUCAGCUGAACGACACGCAUCCCUCGCUGGCCAUUCCCGAGCUGAUGCGCAUCCUCGUCGACGAGGAGCAUCUCGAGUGGGAGAAGGCCUGGGACAUUGUGGUCCGCACGUGCGCCUACACCAACCACACGGUGCUGCCAGAGGCUCUGGAACGCUGGCCCGUGUCCAUGCUGGAGUCGAUACUGCCACGCCAUCUGCAGAUCAUCUAUCACAUCAACUUCCUGCACAUGGAGAAUGUGAAGAAGAAGUUCCCCGAGGACUUGGAUCGCAUGCGUCGCAUGUCGCUGGUCGAGGAGGACGGAGAGAAGCGCAUCAACAUGGCCCAUUUGUCGAUUGUGGGCUCGCAUGCCGUCAAUGGCGUCGCGGCCAUCCACUCGCAGAUUUUGAAGGACUCGCUGUUCAAUGAUUUCUACAAAAUGGAUCCCAAAAAGUUCCAGAACAAGACCAACGGCAUCACGCCCCGUCGUUGGCUGCUGUUGUGCAACCCGGGUCUGUCCGAUCUGAUUGCCGAGAAGAUCGGCGAUGAAUGGCCCGUGCAUUUGGAUCAGCUGGUGGCUCUCAAGAAGUGGGCCAAGGAUCCCAACUUCCAGCGCAAUGUCGCUCGCGUCAAGCAGGAGAACAAGCUUAAGUUGGCCGCCAUUCUGGAGAAGGACUACGGCGUCAAGGUGAAUCCGGCCUCCAUGUUCGACAUUCAGGUGAAGCGCAUCCACGAGUACAAGCGCCAGUUGCUGAACUGCCUCCACAUCAUCACACUGUACAAUCGCAUCAAGAAGGAUCCGACCGCCAACUUCACGCCCCGCACCAUCAUGAUCGGUGGCAAGGCUGCUCCCGGCUACUAUGUAGCCAAGCAGAUCAUUAAGCUGAUCUGCGCCGUCGGCAAUGUCGUGAACAACGAUCCCAUUGUGGGCGAUAAGCUGAAGGUUAUCUUCUUGGAGAACUAUCGCGUCACGCUCGCCGAGAAGAUUAUGCCCGCUGCCGAUCUGUCCGAGCAAAUCUCAACCGCUGGCACCGAAGCCUCCGGCACUGGCAACAUGAAGUUCCAGCUGAACGGUGCCCUCACCAUCGGCACCUUGGACGGCGCCAAUGUGGAGAUGGCCGAGGAAAUGGGUCUGGACAACAUCUUCAUUUUCGGCAUGACCGUCGAUGAGGUGGAGGCCCUCAAGAAGAAGGGCUACAAUGCCUACGACUAUUACAAUGCCAAUCCAGAGAUUAAGCAGUGCAUCGAUCAAAUUCAGGGCGGUUUCUUCAGUCCCGGCAAUCCCAACGAGUUCAAGAACAUUGCCGACAUUCUGCUGAAAUACGAUCACUACUACUUGCUGGCCGAUUAUGACGCCUACAUCAAGGCCCAGGAUCAGGUCUCAAAGACCUAUCAGAACCAAGCCAAGUGGCUUGAGAUGGCCAUCAACAAUAUCGCAUCCAGCGGUAAAUUCUCCUCGGAUCGCACCAUUGCCGAAUACGCACGCGAGAUCUGGGGCGUUGAACCCACCUGGGAGAAGCUGCCAGCACCGGAGGAGACACAAUAAAUCAAUUAACACACUUUUGAUAUUAUUUUACUGUGUACUUUACUUUUGUUAAAGUUCGAUUUUAGGCAUCAAGCAACAACAACUAACAGAAGAAAAAAUUAGCCAGCUCAUUGUUACUAUUUUAUUUAAUAAAAAUCAACCUAAAAAAUAAAGAUAAACUGAAGUAAGAACUAAGAUCUGCGGUUAUAUACAAACCUACAUAAAGAAAUGAUAUGCUCUUUCUGUUCAUAUCCGUUCUGUACGAAUAGAUUAGAAAUCGUAAACGAAUUAGCAUCGACUACGUCUACAACGGUACCUACCAAAAACCUCAGGAAAUGAAGGAAAUUAAGUUUUCUAUUCUACAAAACUAUUUCAAUGCUUCAUUAGAUAUGCGUGUUACAAACCCUAAAAUGUUUAGUAAAAUUAAAUACAAAUUUUAAUCAGCCAUUUAAUUGGUCUAUAAAAGUUAUUAAAUUAAUUAUUGUGCUAUAUAAUAUUGAAACGUCUGCUCUCGAGAGCGUUGAAAAACAAAGUUUAAUUGUUGCUAAAUGUACAAAAAUUUUAAAACCCCUAAAACGACAGUAAGUGCUUAAUAAACAUCUCUGGAUAGAGCAGAUGCUACUGAAUUGCCGGGGUUGUUACAUAUUUUUGCACAAAUUAUUACCUCUAAAAUGAAAGAUGGAAAUGAAAUAAAUAAUACGAAAUAAAUUUGAUGCAAUAUA